GCGGCGCCCGGGUGAUGUGACAAGCUGAGUGUUGUGCUUCUUUCUUGGUCAGUCUUGGUCUGAAAUUCACAAGUAAAAAUGAGUUCAACAAGACCAAAAUCAACGAGAACUAAAGUAGCUCAAGCUAUAGACCAAACAAACAUUGGUUCAUCACGUCCAAGGACUUCGGGUUCGGGUAGUAGAGCCAAGCCUCGUCCAGGGUUGGCGCCGACGGAAACUCUGCCUUCACAGUCAGCCAGAGUACAACCCAAGUCAGCUGCUCGAGUUGGGACCAAGGCUUUAGUUCCUCGAGGCACUCGCCAGGUAUCACGUCCCCUAGAGGCACUUACAAACCCUGACAAGAGACUUGUGAUGAAAAAACACAAUGGUUUAUUGCAUCCAGAGGGUUACUCUGUGAAGCCAGUGAUUCCUGCGGAGAAGGCUGAACUCAUUUCGGUAGCCCGUGCCAUGAACAGGGAGGAAUUUGGUCCUCGUCUGCAGAAACUAUUCCACCCUGAAACUGAAGCAGCAACUGAUGCAAUACAAUCCGGUGUCUAUAUCGGCUGGCGUUGUCCGGAGUUCACUUGGGACUGUAUCAGAGUAGGCAGAGAGUCCAGAUGCUUCUGUGGACAUCUUCUGAAGGAGCAUGCUCCUUACAAUGGCCGUAGUGUUCGAGUACCAUGCAGGCAGUGUCCUUGCAAAGCCUUUGCAUUUAUCCCUGGUAGGCCUGAAGACAUUGGAGAGUUCUGGUUCCAAAGACGUAGAAACUUUGAUCCUACGACAUGGAGAGCAAAGUGUCGCUGUAAACACACCCACGAGGAGCAUGCCUGCACUGGCAUGAGGAGAUGUAAAAUGCGAAGUUGUGGGUGCGGAGUCUUCAAUUCCAACUUCUUGUGCGCAGCGUGCGACCGACAUUGGGAAGAUCACGAAACAGUGUUUGAGACUGAAUCUGAACGACACGACAAAAAAAUCCCUUAUGGUGAGGACUACCUUCCCUUUGCCGAGAUGCCAGACCUGCGCAACAUGGCGCUGACUGGAGUGGACAGUGACCCGGGCAUCUAUAAAGCUCUGGUUGAGGGCCAGGGUAAUAUUCCACGUGGACAGCGUGCCAUCGGUCAAAAUACACCAGUCAAGCCGCCGCCAAAAAGUGGAUUCAACCCAGUGUGGGACUGACGAUACUCUGUUACCUUUUGUGUGUGCAUAGGUUUAGACCCUUGUCGAUGAAAGGUCUUCAUUGACCUAAGUAAGGGGACUGUUUUGGGCAUGGGACAUAUACUACGCAAGGGGUAGUCUAUAGGUCUACCUGUUCACCGAAGACUUGCAAUAGUUCAGAUCAGGUGACAUAUUAUAUGGCACUCGCCCUAAUA